GCUAUCCAAUUCAAUUUAGCAAACUCAAGUUAAAAACAACUCUUUAACUUCUCCUUACUAAGUCUUCUUUUUUCCAAACCAAAACACAAUACUAAAAAACCAAACACAUAGUACUCUUACAAAUUUGGCAAUAUGCACCUUCAUUGUGUAGCACCAAAACCAGAAAAUAAUGGCACAGAAUUGAUGAAGCCACAACAUUCUUUUUCACAAAGGGUCAUGUACCCUAUAACUUUGAAGUUUCAAGAGAUUGUUUACAAGAUUGGGCAACAAAAGACUAUACUAAAUGGAGUGACAGGUACUGUAUGUCCAGGUGAAAUGCUAGCAAUGUUAGGUCCAUCAGGUAGUGGCAAAACAACCCUCUUAACAGCACUAGGAGGGCGUCUAUCGGGCAAGUUAUCUGGGAAGAUUACAUACAACAGCCAGCCAUUCUCAGGUUCAAUCAAGCGUAGAACCGGAUUCGUGUCACAAGAUGAUGUAUUAUAUCCUCAUCUUACUGUAAUAGAAACACUUGUAUUCACAGCUUUGCUGAGGCUGCCACAAAGCGUCGGCCGGGAGGAAAAAGUGAGACAUGUAGAGCAUGUUAUAGCAGAACUUGGAUUAAACAAGUGUAGAAAUAGUAUGAUUGGAGGGCCAUUGUUUAGAGGGAUAUCAGGUGGAGAGAAAAAAAGAGUCAGUAUAGGUCAAGAAAUGCUAAUCAACCCGAGUUUACUACUUCUAGACGAACCAACUUCAGGACUGGAUUCGACAACAGCACUACGGAUACUUAACACAGUUAAACGCCUAGCGAGUGGUGGCCGUACUGUGAUCACAACGAUCCAUCAGCCGUCUAGCCGGCUUUAUUAUAUGUUUGAUAAGGUAGUGUUGCUCUCUGAGGGAUGUCCUAUCUACUAUGGUCCUGCAUCAACUGCCUUGGAAUACUUCUCCUCUAUUGGUUUUUCCAUAUCCAUUACUACCAAUCCUGCUGAUCUAUUGCUCGAUCUCGCGAAUGGAAUUGGACCGGAUACCAAGAAUGUCAUCGAACAAGGUGACACUACGGAACAAGAAAAGAAGUUGGUGAGAGAAGCUCUCGUCUCCGCGUAUGAAAAGAACAUAUCCACAAGGUUGAAAACUGAAGUAUGCAGUUUAGAUAGCAGUAAUUUCAGUUACACGAAGGAUGUUUCUACUAGAAAUGGUGUAAAGUUAGAGCAAUGGUGCACAAGUUGGAUGCAUCAAUUCAAAGUACUACUUAUGAGAGGGCUAAGGGAGCGAAGACACGAGACCUUCAACAAGCUUAGGAUCUUCCAAGUUAUUAGUGUUGCAUUUCUUGCAGGACUAUUGUGGUGGCAUACUCCAACUUCCCACAUUGAAGAUCGAAUUGCAAUGCUAUUCUUUUUCGCGGUAUUUUGGGGCUUCUAUCCACUCUACAAUGCAGUUUUUACAUUUCCACAAGAAAGAAGAAUGCUCAUAAAAGAGAGAUCAUCAGGAAUGUACCGGCUAUCAUCAUACUUUCUAGCCAAAACUGUUGGAGAUUUACCUUUGGAACUUGCAUUGCCAACAGCAUUUACCUUCAUUCUUUACUGGAUGGGCGGUCUCAAACCCGAUCCAACUACAUUCAUCCUAUCUCUCCUAUUAGUCCUCUACAACGUCCUCGUGUCACAAAGUCUUGGACUAGCUUUUGGUGCCUUACUUAUGGAUGUUAAACAAGCCACUACUUUAGCAUCAGUCACAACAUUGGUCUUCCUAAUUGCUGGAGGAUACUACAUUCAACAAAUUCCCUGGUUCAUCGUCUGGUUAAAGUACUUGAGUUACAGCUACUAUAGCUACAAGUUGCUUCUAGGGGUUCAAUACAGUGACAAUGACUACUAUGAGUGUUCAAGAGGAGUCUAUUGCCAAGUUGCAAACUUACCUGCCAUUCAAUCAGUUGGCUUAAACAAUAUGUGGAUCGAUGUAUCGGUCAUGGCUGUGAUGUUGAUAGGCUACAGACUUGUUGCUUAUCUAGCACUUACUCAUGUACGAUGAUGAUUCAAUGACUAAAAAGGGCAGCCCGGUGCACUAAAGCUCCCUCUAUGAGCAGAGUCCCGGGAAGGGCCCCACCACAAUGGGUGUAUUGUAUGCAGCCACCUUACAUUUCUGCCGGAGGCUGUUUCCAAGAAUGAUGAUUCGAUGACUAAGGGGACAUAAUUUAGGAGCUAAGUUGACAGAGUUCAAUUUACUUCAACAAAGGAAGUAAGAAUGUUAGAUUUAGAUUUUGGUCGUGUAACACAAAAAUUUUGAUGUACUACUACUACUACCACCUAUGACAAUAUUUUUGCAUGCAACUAACUUGGAAAAAAUUGAAAUGCUAUGGAGAAUAAAUAUAUGUUCACUCUUGAGUA